GCUGUUUGAAUCUAUUUCAAUUUUCGGAAUUAAAUAUUUGUGUACACACUGCCAAAAUCAGUUGACAUAAUAACAACUGCUAAAUCGCCACGGAAUUGGAAUAAUGCAAAUUCUUAAAGUUGUUAACCGUAAUUUAGUCAAGCACAAGCACUUAUGCCAUCAAAAAUUGAAAAAUGUCACAUCCAUGCUUCAUUACAGCACGUCUAAAGAUGCCGAAUUAGCGAUUGCGCCGGGUUAUCAGCCAAAGCAAGUGGAGGAAUCAUAUUGGGCCCGUGAAAAACUGAGCAAAGAUGAGCCAAAGAAGACUUGCAGUCGUGGAAACUAUCGCAUGUUGCUGCCACCUCCAAACGUGACUGGGAAUCUGCAUUUGGGACAUGCAUUGAAUGCCACAAUUCAGGACGUGAUUGCACGCCAGCAUCGACAGUUGGGCUACAAUGUGGAGUGGAUACCGGGCACAGAUCAUGCCGGCAUUGCCACCCAAGUGGUCGUGGAGCGCACAUUGGCAGCCACAAAGGGCGUAACGCGGCAGGAAAUCGGACGAGCUGCGUUCUUGGAUGAGGUGUGGAAAUGGAAGGCAGAAAAGGGAGCAGGAAUUAUUCAGGACCUGGAGCAGUUGGGAUGCACACUGAAGUGGGAGCGCGAGUACUUCACCAUGGACAAGCAGCAGUCGCAUGCAGUGAAUGUGGCCUUCGAGCGACUCUUUGAGGAGGGACUCAUUGAACGCCGCAAUUCCCUGGUCAACUGGUCCUGUACUCUGCGGUCGGCCAUAUCCGACAUUGAGGUGGAGAACAUGGACAUCAAGGAGCCCACAGAGUUGUCAGUGCCUGGCUACGAGCACAAAGUGCUCUUUGGUCGCAUCUUUGACUUUGCCUAUCGCAUAGUUGAUCAAGAUCAGCCCGACGGCACGCAGGAGGAGAUUGUUGUGUCUACCACGCGACCAGAGACCAUUCUAGGAGAUGUAGCAGUCGCUGUGCAUCCGGCAGAUCCACGCUACACCAAAUACCGUAACCGCGACGAGGUCAGACUACAGCAUCCCUUUCGUUCGGAUACAAUUCCUCUGGUGUUUGACAUUGCCGUGGACAAGGAGUUCGGCACAGGAGCCGUAAAGAUAACGCCAGCACAUGACAAGUUCGAUUUUGAGGUUGCCACGCGCCACAAGCUGGAUUUACGCCAAGUCUUCAGUGAAAGCGGCAACAUUGUGGCGGACUAUCCCGAGUUUCAGGGCAAGUCACGCUUCGAAGCCCGCGAUCUCAUCAUAGAACGUCUGGAGGAGAUGGAACUGCUGCGUGAAGUACGCGCUCAUCAAAUGCAGCUGCCAAUCUGUUCCCGCUCCAAGGACAUUAUUGAAUACAUGCUGGUGCCGCAAUGGUUCCUGAACACCAAAUCCAUGGCCAAGGCGGCGUUGUCGGAGCUACACAGCGGACGGCUGCAAAUCAUGCCAAAUAACCACGAGACGGAAUGGGAGCGUUGGUUGUCGGAUACACGGGACUGGUGCAUCUCCCGUCAGCUGUGGUGGGGACAUCAGGUGCCCGCUUACCAGGCCUUCGACUCCAAGGGAAACAGUUGCUGGGUGGCUGCCCUUGAUGAGAAUAGCGCACAUGAGAAGGCAGCGACUAUUUUGGGCAGUCAGGAACUGAAACUAACGCGUGAUCCGGAUGUGCUGGACACAUGGUUCUCAUCCUCGCUGUUGCCCUUCUCCGUGGCCGGUUGGCCCAAAGAGGAGUAUAAAGAAAAGUAUCCAUUGGAUAUCAUGCAAACUGGCCACGAUAUACUCUUCUUUUGGGUGGCGCGCAUGAUGAUGAUGGGCUUGAAGCUAACGGGCGAAGCUCCCUUCCGACGCGUUCUCCUCAAUGGCAUCGUAUGCGAUGCUCAGGGCCGGAAGAUGUCCAAGAGCCUGGGCAACAUUGUGGCGCCACAACAAGUGGUGCAGGGCGCCAACCUGGAGAGUCUGAAGGCGGCGCUGCAGAAAUCCUGCACUGCAGGCAUCAUCAAACCCAGCGAACUGAAGACAUCCACGGAUGGCAUGAUCAAGAUGUUUCCCAAGGGCAUUCAGGAGUGCGGUACGGAUGCACUGCGUUUUACCUUGUUGAGCCAUAACAUUAAGAAUCAUUUCAUCAACUUUGAUGUGGACGCUUGCUACACAAACAAACUGUUCCUCAACAAGAUCUGGCAGGCCAUGCGAUUUACCCUGGGAUCAGCUAAGAAUCUGGGCAUCACGCUGCACGAAUUCGAGACAAUGGAGGGGGUAACAUUGAGCAUGUGGGAUCGCUGGAUCAUUGGUCGUCUGGCCGAGACCUUGUCCAUAUGCUCGGAGUCCUACACUAACUAUAAUUUCCACAUGGCCACUGCGGCCCUAAAGCAUUUCUUCUAUCAGAAUCUAUGUGAUGUUUAUCUUGAAACUACCAAGGAGUCUAUAAAUAGGAAGAACAACAGUGCCUAUGUGAACGUCGCCACAUUGACCGCCUGUCUCAGCUGGGGAUUGCAGGCGAUGGCGCCGUUUACUCCGUUUGUUGCCUCGGAAUUGCUGCAGCAUGUGCCGCUCAACCUGGAGCUCAAGCUAUCACAAUUCCAAGACGCCAAGCUAGAGGCUGAGGUCGCAGACAUUGUCAAUAUCUGCACCACCGUGCGGCAGGUGAAGAGUCGCAAUCAAAUCAGCAAACGACAUGGCCCCAAGCUCUGUCUGUUUGCCCAAAAUGCUGAAGCUGAGGAGAUCCUACGGCGCCAUCUCAGUCAAAUUGCUGUGCUGACUCGCUGUCAGGGUGUGGACCUGGAACUGCUGAAUGAGGACUCGAAAUUCUUGAAGAAGUUAAACUUCUUCUCAACUGCGGGUGCACUUUGUUCCUUUGGCAUUUCCCUGAACGAUGACAUUGCCUUGCCGGAAGCGAAGCGCGAAGAAAUGGUCAAGGAAAACAAAAAGAAGCUGAAGAAGUUGCUUAAUGAAAUGCAAAAGUAUCGACUUCGCAUUGAUAACGAGGCCUUCCAACUGAUGGCCGACAAUGCAACCAAAGUGCACUUUCAGAAUCGGAUCAAAGAGCUACAGGCUGAGAUAGAUAGUCUUAUGACUUUGGCGGCGUAAUCUUAUGAAUACUUCUCCAAAUUAUGUACAGUAAAUCCGAAUGGUUUCUAGAUCUUUAGACA